UCUUUCUUUGUGUGUGUUAAGAAUGUUACUUUUAGUUUAAGAACACUCACCAACUAGGCCAUAUUAGUUGCAUCUUCCCUUGACUCUUAAAAUCAUCUUUAAGAAACAUUGAAACAGCCAUUGCAUGGAAAUGGUCAAGGUACAUACAACACUACACUUCACAGAACUUAUUAUAUGUAUAUAUAUUCUCUUAUUCCUAUCUAUUUCCCCAACCCUACAUUCUUCUCAAGCUAAGCUCUAAUAGUAAACUAACAAUGAAUCCUUCAUUUCUUUUGAAAAUCUUCUUCUUACUACACAUUGUUCUUUUCUUUGGCUUUCUUGGUGCAAGUGAGCCUCAACUAACACUUGAUUACUAUGCAUCAACUUGUCCUACUGUGUUUGAUAUUGUUAGGAAGGAAAUGGAAUGUUCAGUUCUUUCGAAUCCCCGUAACGCUGCUUCCAUUCUCCGGCUUCACUUCCAUGAUUGCUUUGUUCAGGGAUGCGAUGGAUCGAUCUUGCUCGAUGAUACAAUCACUCUUAAAGGUGAAAAGAAAGCAGAUGCCAACAUCCACUCUUUAAAAGGCUUUGGAAUUAUAGAUCAAAUCAAGAACUUUGUUGAAUCUGAGUGCCCUGGAAUUGUUUCUUGUGCUGAUAUUCUCACAAUUGCAGCUAGAGAUGCUGUGAUUCUGGUUGGUGGACCAUACUGGGAUGUUCCUGUUGGAAGGAAGGAUUCUGUGACUGCAAGUUUUGAACUCACUGACACCAAUCUUCCAACUUCAGAUGAAAGCCUUGUCUCUAUCAUUCCCAAGUUUCUUUAUCAAGGCCUAUCAGUUACAGAUAUGGUUGCCCUAGUAGGAUCACACACCAUUGGUAUGGCAAGGUGUCAGAAUUUUCGAUCAAGAAUAUACGGAGACUACGAAUCAACUUCAGCGAAAAAUCCAAUCUCAGACAAUCAGUUCAACAACCUUAAAUCUAUUUGUCCACCAAUUGGAGGAGGAGACAAUAACAUAACAGCAAUGGACUACGUUACGCCAAAUCUCUUUGACAAUUCUUUUUACCAGUUACUGUUAAAAGGCGAGGGAGUUCUUAACUCUGAUCAAGAAAUGUACUCGAGUGUGUUCGGAAUCGAAACAAGAGAGCUUGUCAAGAAGUAUGCAGCAGAACCUUUGGCUUUCUUCCAGCAAUUCUCUGAUUCAAUGGUCAAAAUGGGAAAUAUCACAAAUUCAGAAAGCUUCAUAAAUGGACAAGUUAGGAGAAACUGCAGAUUUGUGAACACAUAACACAUUCAUUUUGUGUUUUAUGUAUCUUUUGUUUGUUUCCACUUACAUUAAUUUUUUAUGUAUAUUAGCAAAUUUAUUAAGAAUGAAUAUGCAGUUGUGAGCUUGUUGCAUAGCUUAAGUUACAUAAUUGGAUUAGAGCGUCUCCUUUCUUAACCUUUCACGUAUGCAACACAAAUAACAAGUUAUCUCAACAGACAUAACGAUUCAAUUACUUGAUGUAUGCUCACAAUUGAUAUUCCAAUAAUUAGGAUGCUCGAUGUA